AUGUCCCUUAACACCUCCAUUGUGACGGGCUCCGUCGCCCUGGGAUUAGUCGGUCUUGAUAGUAUCAAAUUCAUCAAGAGUAUCGCCGAUCGCAUUCUUCGACCCCAAUAUGAUGAAGCCAGUCUAGCAAUCACCGCUUAUCGCGACGAGGACGGUGAGGCUACCGAGGAAUCCCUCCGAGCCUUUUCAGAUAAAUGGCAACGUGCAGCAAUCGCAUCAUUCUCAAUCAGUGGAUUGUCGGUUUCUCUGGCUCUGUCGAUUCUCUCAACUACAAACAGCAAUCUGAAUGAGCCGCUGGUGAACUGGCUACAAUUCGCAAUCUGGGUCUUGCUUUCACUACAAGGAAUUGCUUUCUUCACUGAGCCGCGCCCAACCGCUCGAUUCCGACUGGGUCAAUACGCCUUUGCGGGAAGUCUCAUAUCUAUCGCAGCAGCAGGCUUUGAACUCAGACAGGCAUACAUUUCUCAAGAUGGCCUUCUCCAAAAUCGAACUUGGGUCGCCCUGGUCGGUGCCAACAUCGGCAGCGCUCUCCUUCGCGCACUAUUUUGUAUCCUUCUACCACGACGCCCCAAUAUCUAUUUCGAGGGUCAAGUCGUGGAUAAAGAGCUGACUGUUUCAACUUUGGGUCGCUAUACCUUCGUGUGGGCUAGUGACCUGCUAAGCUUCACAGUCAACAAUAAGAAUCUGAAUUUGACCGACCUCCCGAAGCUCCGAGCCGACAAGCGUGCAGAUCGUCUUCGCGGCAAAUUUGAACGAGCCAAAGGAAAUGGAAAGCUUUGGAAGGGGCUGCUCUUGACGCACUGGCCCACUCUCCUCCUCCAGCUUUGCUUGACAGUGAUGUUGGCGUUCUUGGCAUUUGGCCCCCAAAUCGCAUUGUACAAUGUUCUCGGCUCCCUUGAGGGUCGGGGGAGUGUGGGUUGGACCCCUGAACGAUCAUGGAUAUGGGUUCUGGCAUUGGGAGGCUUCAUGCUCGUAUCUUCCUUCCUUGAGGCAUGGCUCUUCUGGUGUGUUUGGUCUAAGCUUGCGAUUCCUAUCUACGCAGAACUUACAGCUCUUGUGUUCGCGAAAUCGAUGCGUCGAAAGGAUGCCAAACACACAAAAAAGUCUGCGGAAAAGGACGACUCUCAACCUUCUAAAGCCUUACCUGCCGAAGAGCAGAAAGAGGAAGACGAUGAUGAUGAAGAGGGCAUGAAGAAGAGUCGCCAAAGCAUCGUCAAUCUUGCCGCUGUGGAUGCUCGUCGCAUUUCCGACGUGACCUCAUUCCUCUACCUGAUUCCAAGUGCUAUCUUGAAGAUUAUCAUCGGGUGCAGCUUCCUAGUCAAGGUCCUAGGAUGGCAAAGUGCGUUAGCUGGUCUCUCAGUUUGCAUCUUGAUUGCGCCGAUGAAUAUUGGCGUGACCAAGCGAUACACCAGUGCGCAAGACAAACUGAUGAAACACCGGGAUCAGAAAAUGGCCAUUGUGACGGAAGUUCUUCAGGGAAUUCGUCAGGUGAAAUUCUCCGCUCUAGAGGGUCAGUGGCAGAAGAAGAUCGCAUUGGUUCGAGAGAACGAGCUAGGGGCACUCUGGACUUCCUUCUUCUAUGAUGUUUUCCUCAUGGCUAUUUGGAUUCUGGGCCCUAUCGCUUUUUCGUCAGUAUCCUUGACGGUUUAUGCCAUUAUCAAUGGCGGGCUAUCCGCCUCGGUUGCUUUCACAGCCAUGGCAGUCUUCGGUUCUCUGGAGAUGGCACUCGCCAUUCUACCCGAAAUCAUUACCAACCUGCUGGAAGCCGUGGUCAGUGCUGACCGGAUUGACGAGUACAUGGCUGCCUCGGAGAAGGUCGUCAAUACUGUCCCUGGUGAGAGCAUCUCCUUUGAAAAUGCUUCAGUAGCAUGGCCUGCAGAACACCACCCCGGAGAGGAAGAAGAUGAGGAAGAGCGCUUCCUUCUGCGCGAUCUGAACUUCAACCUGCCGAAGAAGGGUUUGAGUGUGAUUUCCGGUCGAACUGGAUCUGGAAAGAGUCUCCUUCUUGCUUCUAUCCUCGGUGAAUGUGACGUCCUGGGAGGUACUGUGAAAAUACCUGUUCCACCUACACUCGAGACUCGGUUCGAUCACCUGGCCACAACUGCGAACUGGAAUAUCGACGACGCAAUUGCAUACGUUGCUCAGAUCCCAUGGAUUGAGAAUGCAACCAUCAAAGCGAAUAUCCUCUUUGGAUUGCCAUACAAUGAAUCCCGCUACCAGAAAGUCCUCUUUGCGUGUGCGCUGGAAAAGGACUUGGAAAUGCUCCCCGAUGGCGAACUGACAGACAUUGGUGCGAAUGGCGUCAAUCUGAGCGGUGGUCAACGCUGGCGUGUGUCAUUUGCUCGUGCAUUGUAUUCCCGAGCAGGAAUUCUUAUCAUGGACGAUAUCUUCAGUGCCUUGGAUGCACACACUGGACGUCAUGUUUACGAACACGCUCUUACGGGUGAGCUUGGUCAAGGGCGCACCCGUGUUCUGGUCACCCACCAUGUCGCUCUUUGUUUGCCUCUGACAGAUUACUCUGUGCUCUUGGAAAAUGGCCGUGUGAAGUACGCGGGCACGAUUGAUGAUCUCCGAGAAUCUAAUCUCCUAGAGGACAUUCUUCGUGAAGAGCAGGCCGCAGAGGAAUCGGAUCAGAAGCCUGUCGAUGAUCAAAAGGACGCCAAUGAUGUGGACGGAGGAACGCUUCAGAAAGUUAUUUCGAGCACUUCGCGGAGACGCCAAAGCAAUGCCGCUAAUGGGGAUACUGCUGCACCGGCCAAGGAUACUCCAAAGAAGUUUGUUGAAGAAGAGGGAAAAGAAAAAGGAUCCGUUCGACUCACUAUUUAUAAGACUUACUUUGGGAUGGGUGGUCGUGCUUUCACCUGGGCUGUUAUAAUCUCAGUUUACCUUUCCUAUGCCAUUCUGACGGUCGGACGGUCUUGGUGGAUCAGUGUUUGGACCACCAGAUCCUCCAACGCGCACGCACACGUCAAUCCCGAAUCGACUCAAGCAUUGCUACAAUACUCUAUGAUGCAAACGAAUAUGGUUACUGCGACUCAGGAUGAUAACCAUCUCACCAUGUACCUCGGAGUAUACAUCGGAAUCUCCGUUGUGACAUGCAUCAUCGGAACUAUUCGAUUUUAUUGCAUUCUGUCUGCAAGCAUCCGCGCGUCAAGAAACCUUUUCGAUUCCCUGUUAUUCGCCGUCUUACGUGCUCCGCUCCGCUGGCUAGAUACCGUCCCAUUGGGUCGAAUUCUCAACCGGUUUACGGGAGAUUUCCACGUGAUUGACUCACGGUUGGGGUACGAGAUGGGCUUCUUGCUGGGUGAGACAUUAGAUGUUUGUGGAAUCAUGGUUGCUGGCAUCCUUGUCUCCCCGCUUGUACUUGUACUUGCGUCUGCUCUUCUUAUCAUUUCCCUGAAGCUGUCUAUGACUUACCUUGCCGGCGCCCGUGAAGCCAAGCGUCUGGAAAGUACAGCUAAGAGUCCUGUCUUGGAGCAGUUUGGAUCUAGCUUGGCUGGAUUAGUGACCAUUCGAGCAUUCAGCAAGGCUGGUGCUUUUAUCGAUAUCAUGUACGGCAAGAUCAAUGCCCAUGCUCAGUCCUGGUGGGCGGUAUGGCUGUUCAAUCGCUGGCUGGGAAUUCGCAUGAAUAUUGUUGGUGCAAUCUUCUCGACCCUCACUGCAGCACUGGUUAUCUCUCUUCCUGGCAUUUCGGCAUCGAUGGCAGGAUUUGCGUUGAGUUUUGCCUUGCAAUGUAACCAAGCAAUCACACUUGCGCUACGACAAUACUCUAACAUCGAACUUAACAUGAACGCUACCGAGCGAGUCAUUGAAUAUUCCAACAUCGAGCUUGAGAACCAAGGUGGUGUGGAUGCACCUGCUGCUUGGCCUACUGAGGGUCGCUUGGAGGUCAAUGACCUGGUUGUGGGAUAUGCUCCAGAUCUCCCACCUGUACUCAACGGGCUCAGUUUCACUGUCGAGAAAAACCAGCGAGUAGGUGUGGUUGGCCGUACAGGUGCCGGUAAAUCAUCUCUCACAUUGGCACUCUUCCGCUUCCUCGAAGCGCGCCAGGGUAAUAUUUUCAUCGAUGGUCUGGACGUGGCGAAGAUCAAGCUUCACGAUCUCCGCAGUCGGCUUGCUAUCAUUCCUCAAGACCCGGUCCUUUUCUCAGGCACCGUGCGAAGCAACUUGGACCCAUUCGACGAGUAUAGCGAUACCGAACUGAACGACGCCUUGGCUCGCGUGCAUCUCGUCUCCUCAUCCGACGACGAAGCUACUCUCACCUCCCGAACUGCACCGCAUCAGUCAGGCAGCACUGGGGCAACUACACCCGAUACCGCCACGGUCCAAGCAAGCAAUUCGAACAUCUUCUCGUCGUUAUCAGCGACUAUCUCGGAGGGCGGUCUCAACCUCUCACAGGGUCAGCGACAGCUCCUUUGUCUUGCCCGUGCCAUUGUGGCCCGUCCUAAGAUCAUGGUUCUGGACGAGGCAACCUCGGCUGUGGACAUGGAGACGGACGCACAGAUCCAGCAAUCUAUUCGAGCUGAGUUUGGCCGUAAUGCGACUACUCUGCUCGUCAUUGCGCAUCGUCUAAGCACAAUUGCAGACUUUGAUCGUAUUCUCGUACUGGAUGCGGGUAAAGCAGUUGAGUUUGCUUCGCCUCGAGAUCUGAUGGACAUUGAGAACGGAGUGUUCAAGAGUCUCGUGGAGAACAGCGGCGAGAAAGAUGUGUUGGAGAAGAUGAUUUUCGGUUAA